GAUAUUUCAUUGUCUAAAUAAUGAAACAAUAUUUUUGAAGAAUUUUUUCUGGAGAAAUUUAUUCACAGCACACGAAGAUGCCUCCAUGACAUGGCAAAUGAUUAACGUUCCACCUAAGCAUGUAGGUCCCCACUCCUCCACUACUUGCCCGCUAAAACAGGCACACUCUGUCUCCUUCUCUAUCCUCAUUUCUCCUCUCAGCCGUAUUCUUUAUAUUUCAAACUCCAAUUCAAAAAAUACACAUAACCACACCCUCACUGUGUGUACUCCCCUGAACCGAAAACUCAUACACACUCUCCUUCAUUAAUGCCCGCCUCCCACUGUAAAGUGUUUUCAAACCCCUCCUCUCUCUACUUUCUCUCUCUAACCAACUCUCUCUUCCUUUUCUCUCCCUACAAUUCUAGAAACUCUCUCCCCUCUCUCUCUCUAUGCUGUUCAUUGAUCAGUGAAUGAGCUAUGGAGUGAAUGUAGGUUAUGCUUUUCGAGUUCGCGAGCGAAUUUUAAGGAAUGGAGAACCCUCCUCGUCCCAGGAAGUCAAAACGAGCUUCAGGUGCCUUUGAAGUGGUGUAUGCGUGCGCGUGUGCUGUGCGUGUUUGGUUAAAGAGGAAAUUGAGAAGAGAAGUGAAGCAAGAAGCUACGGAAAUUCGAUGUUUCUGCUGAAAAUCAGUCGUCGUGACUACUGGAAUUAGUAAUGCCGAAGCAAACAGGUCCAGAAAAAGAUUGCAGCCCCAAGAAUCACAUACAAUUCUCGCUGUCGAUAUGAUUCCUCUGCUAAUGAAGAUAUGUUCAUGAUUGAGUUGGGGGAGAGUGCUUCUAAACGAGUUAUAGGGAAACCAAUGAAGAAGUUAAUUGCGGAAGAGAUGUUAAAUGAAGUUGAAUCUAAAAGAAAGUCGCCCAGUAUCAUUGCCAGAUUGAUGGGACUUGAUGGUAUGCCAUCUCCACAACAACUUUCUAGACAGCAAAGGAGGCUGUCAGAGAGUUCCCGGCAGAGAAAGGAAAAAAUCGACAGCCACAGGACUGUGCAUCUUUUUGUCGACCAAGCAAGGAGGAACUCUAUGGACUACCAUGAAUUCAAUGACAUGAAUGAGGAUCUGGAAGCUUCUCAUAUUGCUAACCGACGUUUUUCAUCAAGAUGGAGUACAAAGUCAGGACCUAACAUGGACAUGCCUGAGAUGGCAGUCCUUCAGCAUGAAUAUUUAGAAGCAACACAUCUCUCCACUGAUGAGAAGCUUCAGAGCUCUAAAGGAUUUGAUGACACACUUGAGGAACAAGAAUCAAAUGAUGAAUUAUUACUAAAGUGUCUUCCACAACGUGAUUCCUUGUUUCCAAAGCAUUUGCUUGAUCUUCAAGUUGACACUUCUAGUUCUAUGUGUAGUCACAUAGCUGUUCUAAAACCAGCAACUUCUGCAAAUAGCGAAGUCACUGCCAUACUAAGGAAACCAGAGAGAGGUGGUUCAUGGAAUCAUGAUAUCAAUUUGCAAAGGAAAAGAGAGGAUGGCUUCCUAUUCCAUUUGCCGAAUCCUCAUGGGGGUCAUAGUUCUUUCAAGUCACCUAAGACUCAUGUAAAAGGGAAAAAUGAAAACAUUUUUCCGACUAGAAUUGUUGUUCUGAAGCCAAACUAUGGGAAGACUCACUGUGAUGUUACUUCUGUUCAAUAUCCCUCUGAGGAAAAGAAGCUUGCAAGACGCCUAAAUUUUGGGACUGGGAAAACUGGGUUUGCGGAAAUGAAGAAUUCAUCUAAAAAUGCAGGGCUUUUAAGCUCCCACUCGAAAGAAGCUAGAGAGAUUGCCAAGGAAAUCACAACACGAAUGAGAAAUACUCAUGGACCUUUAAAUGUGCGAAAAGAUUUGAGUUUGAUAUAUUCUGACAUUGUAGGUUAUGCCACAGAUGAGAGUUCAUUUGACGUGUAUGACAAUGAUUCUGCCAGUGAGCCAGAGAUGUUGAAACUGUCUUCGGGGAAUCUGUACUCUCGGAAUAACCGAUGUAAGUCUUCAUCUUCUGCCACAUUUGAGUCAUCUGUGAGCAGGGAGGCUAAGAAGAGGUUAUCCGACAGGUGGAAAUCGACUCAAAGGUGUCAGGACAUGGAAAUUGUUAACAAGGGAAACACACUAGGUGAAAUGCUUUCCUUGCCAGAUAGAGAAAGUGAGGUAGUACAUUUAGAUACCAUGGUGACCCUUGAUGGAGCCUCUGAUAAAUUUGGUGGAAGGACUGAUGGGGUGGAAAAUCCUUUAGGCAUUAGCAGUAGGGAUGGUUGGAAGGAUGUAUAUGUUUCUUCCAGGUCCAGAUCACUUUCUCCUCUUGGUAGCCAAAUUCAAGGAUUGAGUACUCGACAUGAAAUAGUUGCAAAUAGCCGAAAUCUGAGGCCUAGACAGCUUGUUAAUGGUAUACGGCCUGUGGAUCGUAGUAGAAUUAAGUCAUGGGAUGGAAGCCAAAGUCAUACUGAGGAAAUUUUGUUCAAUGAGAUUAGAUCUGGCAGGAAGAAACAUCGCUCUAGUCGCCGCAAAACAAUUGGUGUUAAUGAUACUUUGCAGGAAGCAAUAUUCUGCAAAAUGAUGAGUACCAGUGUUGAGCACAAUAUGUCAGAGCAGCUGCUUUUGGCUUCUGAAAUGCCAGUCAGCAAGAAUGCAAUUUCUGUUAUUGAUUCAGCUAAACAUACUGAACAUGAGAGCAUAAUUUCAGAGUCUUCUAUUGACCUAAUUCACCAGACUUUUACAGAAAGUAAUGAAAUUUUGUUUCCGGACCAAGAUGCUUCUGAUCUUCAGGAAACUUCAGUCCAAGUUGCAGUCCCUUUGCAAUGUCCUCUUCCUGAAUCAGAAUCAUCUGAAAGCUCCAGGGAGGGUGGUCAUCCUAGUCCAGUUUCAGUCCUCGAAGAGGUGACUUUUACGGAGGAUUCCCUUUCUGGUUCAGAGUGCUUGGAGUUUGUCAGUGCUAAAAUCAAUGAUCUACGCAAGAAAAUUGAGCAACUCAAAAUGAAGCCAGAAUCUUUUGCUGAUCUCACUGAGGAUAAUCAAGAUGUUUGGCAUCCUGCAACAAUGAUUGAAGAGAAAUGCAUAUUGAUGUCACCAAGCUGGGAAUCUUCCUAUAUAGAUGACGUUCUUACGGAUUCUGGUUUCAAGGAGUCCGACCUUGAUGCCUUCACUGCAACCUGUCAUUCUCCAUACUGCCCUCUUAGUCCAUCAAUUUUUGAGAAUCUGGAGAAGAAGUAUAGUGAUGAAGUGAUUGGUGUACCGAGGUAUGCCAGGAGACUGUUAUUUGACCGUGUAAAUUUGGCUUUGGUGGAGAUUCUCAGGCAUUAUGUAGACCCAUACCCUUGGUUGAAGCACAAAAGGGUCGCUAAUUUGGUUUGCCAGAAACAAGAAGUUGCUGGCGCUUUCCAUCGGUUGCUGGCAGACCAUGAUAGUGUCGCAAACAGGGACACAUCUUGGAGGAUUUUGGAGCGGGAAAUGCGUUGGCUGGAUGUUAGUGAUGAUAUCAACGUAAUCGGUAAGGAUAUUGAGAAGUUAUUGGUGGAUGACCUGAUCACAGAAAUUGUAAUGUAGAUUUUGAAGCAGAACAGGCGCAUAGUAGGUGUAACCUCAGUUGCAUAGAUGUUAUGGCGGAAAACUAGACAGGAAUGAAUAAAUACAUAGUUCCAAAAAAAACGACUUCAUCAAGUGGAUGAAGUGUUCCAGUUCAGUCGGUACUAACUAUUUUAGAAUGUUGCCAUAUUACACAGCAAGCAUAUUAAAGUUUGAUAUGUCAUUCCUGUUAUUGGGCAUGGAAAUCUUGGAAAUUUAGUCCUAGAAAUCAACAUGCAUGCACAGCUUCUGUAAUUUCCAAUUUAAAUUCUAUAUCACCAUUGCACAUGCAUGCACCAGCCGGUGCAUGGUGCACUUUAGUUGAGCUUUCCUUUUUAA